UGUUAUUUUUGCAUCUCCGAGACUUCCCAUCUUCUCAAUAUAAGAUGGGUCUCCAAAAUGAAAGUCAACAACUGCACGAGGAGAUGGCAACAAGAAGUGAAAAUAGUGAUACUGAAAGCAACGAGACCUGGAACAUUUCUGGCAAUGAAAUUAGAAGUGAAGGCAGUGAAGUUGUGUUUUUGGAAAACAACAACGACGUUGUUCGAACAAUAUUGAUGACAAGAAGGAGGGGUGGAACCAUCAAAAUUGAGAACAAUAAAAUUAUUUCAACCGGAGGCGGGCGUGUUGGGAUUUGCAAAAUUGGCAAGAACUACUACAACUGGGGGGUAUUAAUAUUUCUUCUUGUUCUUAUUUUUGGAUUGGCAAAUUGGGAAAAAAGCACUGCAACUCAAAGUACCAUGUCUAGAUUGACAAUUUUAAUUAGCCAUGGAGGGAGCUGGGUUCACUCAACUUACAAAAAUGGCAAAACUAAAGGAGUAAUUGUUUCAAAGAAAAUUACAUUAGAGGAACUUCGGAAUAAAGUGUAUGACAUUGCAAAUCUAGGCUCAAAUGAGUAUGAAAUAAUUAUGAAAGUUAUAUAUGAUUCAACGAAAAAUGCUCGGCCUGUAGCUAUAGUCGAUGAUGAUGACGUGAGAAUUUUUAUUACUGAAAGUAUUUCAAGGUCUUAUAAGAUUCCAUUGUGCAUUACGUUGAAGCGAAGACUAAGCAAUCAACAAGCUACAGUUGACUUCAGACAAUUACCAAUGUCAGUGGACCUCAACUUGGAUACUCGAGCUGACUUAGAAGAUAACAAUCAAUAUCGUGAUUCAGAAAAUUACUUGGGAGAAGAAGAGCUUUAGUUCUACAUAUGAUGAGGAAAACAAUACAACAGAACUAGAUGAGUUGCUUUGCGAGAACAUGCAAUGUGAUGAUAUGGUGUAUGUAAAGGCGGAUAACAUGUUUCAGGGUUUUUUUUAGUUUAAUGUUUUAGCUUUUCUUGACAAACUUGUAAACUCAUAUGUAACCAAUCAAGCUCAUUAGACUAGGUUAUUAUAGUAUCAAGAUGGCUUUGUGGCUGUGUUCAAAUGUGGCAACUUGCAAUGAAACUCUCAAGGUAAAUAAUGCAUUGCACAGUA